GCUAAAGAGAGAGAGAGAGAGAGAGAGGCAGAGGGAAGGACGGAGAGAGAGAGAGAGAGAGAGAGAGUGGAGUUGUGUCCCAUAUGUGGAAAAGAAAGCAUAGCAGUGCACACACUGUCUGGUCUGCUCCAGGGAUUAUAGUAGCGCUUUCAGAUCUGAUGGAGGACAUGCAGGCAUGAAUAGGGCUGUUCUGUUGUCAGUGCGAGCUCCUGCUAGUGAUGGACAACAGCCGGACGGACGCUAACCUUAGCUGGCAUUCACACAACAGCAUCCCUCCAUACUGAGACCAGCUCCACAGAAUGCUGAGUCCUAUUGUCCCCUAUAGCCUGUUAAAGAUGCACUGGAACCCAGAGCAUGCCCAACCUCUCAGCCAGUGGCCUGAGCAGCACCUUGACGUCUCCUCUACCACCUCCUCUCCGGCCCACAAGUCGGAAUUCUACCCUGGCCGCGGUCGCAGUGGCUCCAACUACGCCUGGGCCAAUGACGACAUCUCUGCUCUCACAGCUUCCAACUUGUUGAAGCGUUAUGCUGAGAAGUAUUCUGGCCUGCUAGACUCACCAUAUGAUCGGCCACCUACUGUGGGCACCUACCCAGAACCAGGGGCCUUUGGGGGCCUCAAUGUCCCAAAGACUGAGCUGGAGCCCUGGCCACUGACACACAGCACUGAUGCCUCCUAUUCCCUUGUGCCCCCUGGAGGCCAUGACAGCCUCUCAGGUUCCAAAACUGUGGCCACAUCUGCAGGUCCUCCAGGGGUUAGUAGUGUUUCAGUAGUGAACAGUAACCUCUCAGACUCAGGCUACAGUGGCAGCAGCUCCUGUAGUGGCUCCAACGAGUACCCCUCUAGCUACAAUGGCACCUAUCUUUCCUCAGGGUACUGUCCCCAACCCAAUGCAGCACUUCCCCCUGCCUCCCUCCACACUCUUCAAUCCACCCCUACCCUAGUGCCCAGCUAUAGCCCUAACACACCUGUCUAUAACUACCCACCUAGCACGUAUCCUCCCCAUACCAGCCUUGCUCCCAGCUACAGCCACCCCUCUGCAACCUACCUGCCCUCAGGUCUACAAGCCCCUACUCCUGUUCCCUCAAGGCCCACACUGGUAGGAGGCAGUUAUAAUUACCAGAGCACCAACCUUGGGACAUCUGAGUCUGGCGGGACAAUAAAAAGAAAAGCAUUUGAGAUGAGCGUAGAAGAGGAUGAAAGUGGGGAUGGGUCUCGUUACAGAAAAUAUAGCUAUGACCCCUUAAAGGCUGGGGGGAACUCACCCUACAGUGUUAAUGACAAAACAGAGUGCCGGGGAAACGGCUUCAGUAGUACAGGCAGCACAGACCCUCAAACCUUCAAGCCCAGUAAGCCGUCCUCCCAGCCCCUGGUGUCUCCUCAGUAUGGGGCAGCUGGGGAGUAUAGCCCUCCAGUGGGCAUGACGGGGGAAAAUGGCGGGGCAGAGCAGGGUUUCAUCCAACAGCAACAGCACCGCUCCCAGGCCCCCAAACGCCCUCCAUUGUGUGCUCCAGCUGUUGAGACUAUGAAGAGCCCAGACCCCCGACUGUUGGACCUUGUUAAUGGGGAGUUACUUGACUGCAGCCCGGCACUGGGCUGGGGAGAGCUGGCCGGGCUCACCCAUGUCAAGGCCGCCCUGGAGGAGGACCUGCUGUGGCCCGUGUUGAGGCCCAGUCCAGUGAUGCGACCACCAAGAACCGUCCUGCUGUUUGGUCCCAGAGGAGGGGGUAAGACAACGUUGACCCGUUCUUUGGCUUCACAGUUGGGGGCUUCCUUCUAUCGGUUGAGUGGAGCCAUACUGGCUUCUAAAGGGAAGGCUGAGGCAGAGCACAUUCUAGGGUCUCUUUUGCAGGUGGCGGGGGCACGGCAGCCCUCUGUGGUGCUGCUCAGCCAGGUGGAGGCCAUGGAAGAAGAAGGGCUGAGGCAAAGUCUGCUGACCACCACCCUGGAGAAAGCCCAGGUGGGGACCACAGGUCUGGUGAUUCUUGUAUGUGCCACUGGAAGGCCAGAUCUGCUGCAAGAUGCAGUCCAUCGGAGCUUUGCCAAGCGAUAUCACGUGGGCCUGCCAGAUGUAGGUAUGCGCAGGCAGGUGCUGCUGCAGGCGCUGUCGCCCCAAGGCUGCAGCCUGAGCGAGAGGGAGCUGAGCGCUGUGCUGCAGCGCACAGAAGGCUUCUCAGUGUGGGAGCUGCUUCAGCUCAGCCAGCAGGCGCUCUCCUCAGCAUCCUCUCCCACUGGGGCCAUGCAUGGCCACCCCACAUCCUCCAAACCCCCAGCCUUCACAGACUUUGAGAAUGCCUUCUGCAAGGUGCGCCCACACACCACCACAAAAGAACUGGAUACUUGUAUAGAGUGGAGCAAGAUGUAUAACCACUGAGAAAGCAACAAGUCACUGUAAACGGACUGCAUUAUGACCCUGCAUUGGAAAGCCAUGGGAAUGUUUUGUUGUUUUGUAAUUACAGAUUAUGCAGCCAAAAGAACCAGUGAAGCUCAAUGAUUGUUUUCGUAUGAAUAUCCGCAAUAUUUUAUUUUUCCCAAAGAAAAGAAAGAUGAAUAGGCCUUGUUGAGUGGGGUAGUGUAUUAGUCUUUUGGCUCACAGGAAAAUCUGAUUAUAUUCUAUUUGGAAACUCUCAGAGAUCCUGAUUAGCCUUGGUCCGGGACAAAAUCAAUUAUUAGUUGCUAGGUGAUGUGGUCCAAGAUUAUGGAUAAUCAGGGUUUGGCGAAAUCCCCCCUUUGACUGCUACUCUCAGGAUCCUAUUUAUUGCCAGUCCACUUCCAUGUUAUCCUAAUGUUGAUUUAGUCAUUGGACUGUCACUAAUUAUUCAGUACGAAGGGCUUGGGAUCAUUUUAGCAGACCACAGUUUUUGACCAAAAAGGUGUCAAACCAAAUGCAUAAUCAGCAGUGUUUCUAUAUUUCUCAAAACAGACUUCAAAUUCAGGUCUUCAAAAUCACAAUGAAUUAAUCUUUCUCGAUAGCUUCUCACCAAAUCAAAAGUUAAUCCUUAUUAUUCCAAAAACUAAAGUCAAAUUAAAAGACUUUUAUUACAAAUCAGAGCAUGCUUCUGUUAUCCCAGGAGUUAUGUUUUUCAAGUAAAACCUUGCAAUUACACUCACCAGGUUUGGUUGUGGUAAUUACUUUAUGACUAUUGGGUUAUUGUCCUUAAAUUCCACAUACAUUUGUUCUCAAUCUCACAUUCCUCAUCAUCUGCAGUUUUCCUGAGAAUCUCACUUACAAAACAAAGCGUACCCACCUGCACACCCACCGAGACUACAGUCUGUAUUCUCUUUCAUUUAUUCUUUUUGUUUUCUUAUAUUUAGUCUUGUUGGAAAUGCUCAGGAAGAAUUUCUUUACCUCAGAAAUAUGAAAUAAAGAAUGUAUGUAAUCUUAGGGUCUUAGUAGAGAGGGGGGUGGAGCGAGCGAAAGCAGCGAGGAGAAACCUGACAGUCUUGUAAUACCCACUACAGUUGGGCUUUUACCUCGGGAGAGAAACUUGAAUAUGCUACAAAGAGUAACAUUGAAUGUAAUUCAGGUAUUUCAAAGGAUAUUUGAUGCCAUAAAUCCAUGUAUUAUUAUAUAUGAAUAUAUAAAUCUGUUUUCUUUUCUGUUCUUUUACCCUUUAUUUUUAUUGUAGUUUAUGGUGGAGUGAUGAUUGUCUUCAAGAAAUGCUAUGUAGAAUACAGAAAAUAUUCUUUUUUUUGUUGGACAAACUGCUUACAAAUCCCUGUGUUAUUUAGUGUUUACAUAUCCUGUAUAUGCAUGUCUGCUGUUUAUAGUUUUAUGGCUGCAAAAUAUAAUUUAAAAAUGUAAAUACACAACAUACACAAUCAUACAUGUGCGCCCACAGUGAACACCUGAGCACAAAAUACCUUAGAAAAAGAAAACAAACAAACACACAGAUGCAAAAAAAUAAAGCUUAAAGAAUUAGGGACUGCAAAUAGCCUGUAUGGCUAAAUCUGGCACAUUUACACGUUGGACUGUGUACUCAUGUUGAUUGAUGUGCGUUGUCCCUUUUAAAUAAAGAAAUCUAUAGAUGAAGUUGUUAUAUGUAGCUUUCAGCUAUUCCCAAAGUCUGAAAAUUCACAGUUUAUGUGUACAUAUUGUGGAUGAACCCAACAUGACAGCAAUCCAGACAAAUCUCUCCUUUUCCACCAGUCCUACAUCUCUGUUUUAACAAGCUGGAAAAACCCGGUCACUGGACUGCUGGUACAGAGGUCGUCGUAUUAGACUGUUGCCAUCGUCCUGAGGAGGUAUACACAGAAUGAUGUACUAUUUCCCACUGCCCUUUCCUCUCUCUGUCUCUCCCGCCCUCCCUGCCGUAUCAUUAUUUUUCCUUUUUUUUCUCUCCCUAGUGCAAUCUCAUUAGAUUGGAUUGCCCCUUGGCCACAAGCCCCAGUGGUUGUAUCCUCACCCCCCCCUUCUCUAUCCCGUUCCCUAUCCUUAUACUGAUUCCUCUGGAGUGGAAAUGGUCUGAUUGAUGUCCAGCAACCCUAUAUCACAGUGCAGCCGUCCCUCUCCAGCUGGUGGCUUCAGUCAUGCCAUACAGCCAGAUCAAUCAGAGUGACCCCUGCUGUGCAAACUGAUCACUGUCUCAGAAACUGAAAACACAUUUACAACUUGCAAAACAACCCCUGCCUCAAGCGGCAUGGUCUCAAUAAUCCUAACAUGUAUUCAAAUGUAAUGCAAUUAAAUGAUAAUGAUGAUUUAGAGGUACAUGUAGCUACAUUUUGAAUUGUUGUUGUUCCCACUACUCCCGACAGUUUGUCCAACAAAACAAAAGCUUUUAUUUUUUACAUGUUUUGAUGGCGGUAACUUUGUUCUUGGUUAUUGUAAAUCUUCUGUAACCAUUUCUACCUCAUUUUUGCGGCAUAUUGUACAUGAAAGUAUUUAUUUCAUGUCUUUUUUGAUGUCUGUUUUAAAAAUGAUAAUGAUGUUCUUGAACUGUAAUGGUCUACCUCAGAAAAGACUGUAUUUUAAGAGAAGAGUAUCACACAAUAUUAAACAGAAUUUGUCAAUAUUG